UUGAUCAAGGGUCUUGGGGCGGUAUCAAAUAUCCAUCACCAUCAUGCUGAUCUCGGUGAUACGAGGGCUGAGGCCUGAGGGCUGAGGGCUAAACGCCAUCCCUCGAACAUGUCCUUCGUCUCAAAUGAUCCCAGUUGGUGGCCGCAAAUCAAUUUAAACAUUUUUUCCAGCUAUUGGACAGUCGCCGCCGGCGUCGUGGUAGUAUAUGAUUGGGCCCUGACACUUGAAAAAGAGAUUGAACUCAUCUGGAGACAACGCUGGUCUCUCAUGACUGUGCUGUAUUUGAUUAUACGCUAUAUUGGAAUACUGUUUUCUGUGUAUGUGUCGAGAUCAACAACUCUGUACUGUGCUAAUAGCUCAUCAACAUCUCUGACAAUUAGUGCCAAUGUUCUGCAAACUAUGCCAUCGGUAUCGCUGACAGAUGCAGUAAGCACUAUCACGUACUACGCAGUGAAUGGCACAAAUGUGGCCUUGACUGCCAUGUUGGGCGUGAUCAUGAUUGCUCGGUUGCAUGCCAUGUAUCAGGGAUCUAGAACUAUGCUCAUCUUCCUUGUUAUUAUAUUUCUAGCUGUUCACAUUACCUGCGCAGUGAUCUCGGCAAUAGACAUCAAGGAUGCUGUAGGGGCGGAAUUCAUAUUCUCUGGCACGUAUAUGUGUUAUUAUAUAUAUAAAGGGAACGAGCAGCUUCUGUUUUCAAUAAUUUGGAUACUCAACACUGUUUGGGAGGUCCUCGCACUGUGCCUUUCAGUUUGGGUUGCUGUGAAACACUUCUGUGACCUGCGACGACUCGGCUCAUCGACAGGAUCGACCAUUGGGGACUGCUUCAGAGUGCUGGUACAAUCUCACGUUCUUUAUUUUGCAAGCUUUGCCGGUGUCUCUUGCCUCCAGCUUGCUACUAAUCUCUCUCCAGCAAUUUCGAAUUCAGAUUCUAUUGCAGUUCAGAUACUCAGUGGUGCUGUUCAAAUUUUAUCGGUUAUGCAGAUGUUUGUGCUGGGACCACGCCUCAUUCUGAGCGUUAGAGACUACCACGCCAAACUCGUGGCAUACUCCGACGCAGAAACUAGCAUGAAUUCAAUUGUUUUCCAGGAGCAUGUACAUGUAUCGACUAGCAGUACUGUGUAG